AUGCAGCAUGAAGAGUCCAAAAGAUCAUCAUCUUCAUCAAAACCAAUUUUCCUGGAGAAGCAUUCGCUGCUUGUGGAUAUGCCGGACUCCACGGCGGAAGUCUCCGUCGCCGUUCCGCUACUUCCCUCCCUCCGUCACGCAACCAACUCUUCCUCUCAAGUCGCCAUCGUCGGUUCCAACGUCUGUCCAAUCGAAAGCCUCGAUUACGAGAUCGCCGAGAAUGAUUUCUUCAAGCAGGAUUGGAGAGCUCGCAGUAAGACACAGAUUUUCCAAUACGUGUUCAUGAAGUGGCUGCUUUGCUUUUUCAUCGGGAUCAUCGUUAGUCUCAUCGGAUUCGCCAACAAUCUCGCCGUCGAGAAUCUCGCCGGCGUAAAGUUCGUCAUCACUUCUAACAUGAUGUUAGCCGGAAGUAUGGGGUUUUUCGUUUUCACCGUUACAAAUCUACUUCUUACUCUCUUUGCGUCGGUGAUUACUGCUUUUGUUGCGCCUGCUGCGGCCGGUUCCGGUAUACCAGAGGUUAAGGCCUAUUUGAACGGUGUAGAUGCACCAGAGAUAUUCUCAGUCCGCACUUUGGUCGUUAAGAUCAUUGGGAACAUAUCUGCAGUGUCGGCUUCUCUACUCAUAGGUAAAGCAGGGCCUAUGGUGCACACCGGUGCUUGUGUUGCGUCCAUACUUGGUCAGGGCGGCUCCAAAAGAUAUGGACUGACCUGGAAAUGGCUUAGAUUCUUCAACAAUGACAGAGACCGAAGGGACCUUGUAACCUGUGGUUCAGCUGCUGGUAUUGCUGCCUCGUUUCGUGCCCCUGUAGGUGGUGUCUUGUUCGCGCUUGAAGAGAUGUCAUCUUGGUAUGUCAAUGUUAUUUUUGAGCUCAACGUUGCCGUUGUGUUGUGGAGGAGUGCACUGUUAUGGAGAACCUUCUUUUCAACAGCUGUUGUGGCAGUUGUCCUCAGGGCUCUUAUUGAUGUGUGUUUAAGUGGGAAGUGCGGUCUAUUUGGCAAAGGAGGCUUAAUAAUGUUUGAUGUCUAUUCAGAAAAUGCGUCAUAUCAUUUAAGAGAUGUUCUUCCUGUUCUUUUCCUUGGAGUUGUCGGUGGUGUUUUAGGAAGCUUUUACAACUUUCUGCUGGAGAAGGCCCUGCGUGCUUACAACUAUAUAUAUGAAAAAGGAGUUGCUUGGAAAAUCAUAGUCGCUUGCGCGAUAUCAAUUUUCACGUCCUGCCUACUUUUCGGAUUACCAUUUCUUGCGUCAUGCCAACCUUGCCCCGCCGGUGCCUUAGAGGAGUGCCCUACGAUUGGCCGGUCUGGCAACUUUAAGAAAUACCAAUGCCCACCUGGUCACUACAAUGAUCUAGCUAGCCUCAUCUUCAACACAAACGACGACGCCAUCAAAAACCUCUUCAGCAAAAACACGGACUUGGAGUUCCAUUAUCUGUCGGUUCUUGUGUUUUUCGUCACCUGCUUCUUCCUCAGUAUCCUCAGCUAUGGCAUUGUUGCUCCAGCAGGGCUCUUUGUACCCGUUAUCGUAACGGGAGCGUCGUAUGGACGCCUUGUAGGGAUGCUGCUUGGUUCAAACUCAAGUCUUAACCAUGGCCUGUUUGCUGUGCUCGGUGCUGCAUCGUUUCUUGGCGGAUCAAUGAGGAUGACAGUUUCCUUGUGUGUGAUUCUCCUUGAGCUGACAAAUAACCUGCUGCUACUACCUAUGAUGAUGCUCGUCCUGCUGAUUUCUAAAACAGUUGCUGAUGCUUUCAACGCCAACAUCUAUAACCUCAUCAUGAAGAUUAAAGGGUUUCCUUACCUAAACAACCAUGCCGAGCCUUACAUGAGGCAGCUUACAGUAGGUGAUGUAGUCACAGGCCCGCUUCAAGUCUUUAAUGGCAUCGAGAAAAUCGAGACUAUUGUACACGUUCUCAAAUCCACCAAUCACAAUGGCUUCCCUGUGGUUGAUGGGCCGCCACUCGCUCCAGCUCCUGUUCUAUACGGUUUGAUUCUCCGGACUCAUAUUCUGACUUUGCUAAAGAAGCGAGUGUUCUUGACUAGUCCAAUGGCUUUUGACUCCAAGACCCUUGCCCAAUUCAAGACAGAUGAGUUUGCUAAGAAGGGUUCUGGGAGGGGAGAUAGAAUAGAAGAUGUGGAAUUAAGCGAGCAAGAGUUGAAUAUGUAUCUGGAUUUACAUCCAUUCUCUAAUGCGUCUCCUUACACUGUUUUGGAGACCAUGUCAGUUGCAAAGGCCCUUCUCCUCUUCCGUGAGAUUGGUCUAAGGCACUUACUCGUCAUACCAAAAAUCUCCAACGCACUAAAAUAUGAGAUGGAAAGUUUAAGGAACUCGAGUCUUGUCUCUCUCUCUGUAUCUCUGAUAGCUCUUGGUUACUUGAGACCUCCACUGGUGGGUAUAUUGACGCGGCAUGACUUCAUGCCGGAACAUGUACUAGGCCUGCGUCCGUCCCUGUCCCGGAGCAGGUGGAAAAGGCUUCGAAUUCGGCUGCCUUUCCUCUCGUAA